UUAUUACAGUAUUAUUUGUCUUUCCAUAUCUCUCUAAUUAUUAUUAUUUUCGGACAAGCGUCGUGAACGUUUUUUGUUUUUUGUUUGGUUCCUGUAAGAAGACGACGAGCUCAACGACCAAAAACUUCCGACGCGGAGACUUUUUUAUUUUUAUUUUAAUUAAUUGCUCAUCUGGAUCUUCGUGUUCCAAAAAUCUCAAAUACAAGUCUUCCUCUUCUUCUUCGUGAUCCUGAUGAAAUAAAAAUCCGAUUUUUAUUAAAUUUUUUGGAUGUGUGAGUGCACCAAAUAUUUUGACUUUGAAAUUAGCGUAGAAUUGAAUUGAAAGCACAUUCUGGGUUUAUUCGACUUAGACAUUGAUUUUGUCAAAGUUACCUUCUUUCUCUCUAAUCUCUAUAUAUUAUCUUUUUUUAAAAAGUUUAAAUUCCUUUUUUUAUUUUGGUUUCCUUUUCUUCUUUAGUCUUUUCUUUUCUUCUUCUACCCACAUGUUGUAGAUUCUCCCCCAAAUUUUGAAGAAAAGGAAAAGUAAAGAGUCCAUUUUUUUUAGAUUCUUUUGCUGUUCCAGUUUCUUUGUUUAAGAUCAUUUCGUAUCAAUUAGCCCAGAGAGACCUUAAAUUUUGGAUUUUUUUUUAUUUGGGGGUUGCUUGUAGCUCUUUGGGAUCCAGGCUUUUCUCAAGGUGUGAAAGAACCUCCUGCAUUGUCUAUGAGCAGAUAGUUUGUUAAGCAAAAGAUGGGCUGGUUUAACAAGAUCUUCAAAGGCUCUAACCAAAGGUUCCGGGUUGGGAAUGACCACUAUUAUGGGAAUUAUCCUAAUGCUUCACAUGAUGAGCCUAGUGCUGAUACAGAUAAUGAUCAUGAUGAAUCUCAUACACAGGAACCAUCUACAUCUGAGGAUACAUCUAAUGACCAGGAAAAUGAAGCAAUAGAACGUGCAAUUGCAUUGUCUCUUUUAGAAGAGAAUCAAGAACAGACAAGUCUAAGCGUAAUGGACACAGGGAAAUACCCGACGGUGGAUGAAGAUGAGCAACUUGCUAGAGCCUUACAUGAAAGUAUGGUAGUUGGGAAUUCACCGCAUUACAAAAAUGGGAAUACAUAUGAUAUUGGGAAUGCAUAUGGGAAUGGAGAUUUAUAUGGGAAUGGGCAUAUGUAUGGAGGAGGAGCAAAUGUAUAUGCAAAUGGAGAUAUUUAUUAUCCAAGACCUAUUACUUUUCAAACGGAUUUCAGGAUUUGUGCUGGCUGCAAUAUGGAGAUUGGUCAUGGAAGAUUUCUGAAUUGCCUUAAUUCACUAUGGCAUCCAGAAUGUUUUCGAUGUUACGGCUGCAGUCAGCCAAUUUCUGAGUAUGAGUUUUCUACAUCAGGGAACUACCCUUUUCACAAGGCUUGUUACAGGGAGAGAUAUCAUCCAAAAUGUGAUGUCUGCAGCCACUUUAUUCCAACAAAUCAUGCUGGUCUUAUUGAAUAUAGGGCACAUCCUUUUUGGGUUCAGAAGUAUUGCCCUUCUCACGAACACGAUGCAACCCCAAGAUGUUGCAGUUGUGAAAGAAUGGAGCCACGGAAUACGAGAUAUGUUGAACUUAACGAUGGACGGAAACUUUGCUUAGAGUGUUUGGACUCAGCGGUCAUGGACACCAUACAAUGCCAACCUCUGUACUUGCAAAUACAAGAAUUCUAUGAAGGACUUAACAUGAAGGUAGAGCAAGAAGUUCCACUCCUCUUGGUUGAAAGGCAAGCACUUAACGAAGCCAGAGAAGGUGAAAAGAAUGGUCACUAUCACAUGCCAGAAACAAGAGGACUCUGCCUGUCAGAAGAACAAACUGUUAGUACUGUAAGAAAACGAUCAAAGCAUGGCACAGGAAAUUGGGCUGGGAAUAUGGUUACAGAGCCUUACAAGUUAACACGGCAAUGCGAAGUUACUGCCAUUCUCAUCUUAUUCGGGCUCCCUAGGUUACUCACUGGCUCGAUUUUAGCUCAUGAGAUGAUGCACGCAUGGAUGCGGCUCAAAGGAUUCCGAACACUGAGCCAAGAUGUUGAAGAAGGUAUAUGUCAAGUGAUGGCUCAUAAGUGGUUAGAAGCUGAGUUAGCUGGUGGUUCAAGUAACAGCAAUGCUGCAUCAUCAUCCUCAUCCUCAUCAUCUAAGGGACCGAGGUCUCAGUACGAAAGGAAACUUGGUGAAUUUUUCAAGCACCAGAUAGAGUCUGAUGCUUCUCCGGUUUACGGAGACGGGUUCAGGGCUGGACGGUUAGCUGUUCACAAGUACGGUUUACGAAAAACACUUGAGCAUAUACAGAUGACCGGUAGAUUCCCGGUUUAAAAAAAUUCAAAAUAGACAAAGUCUUUUGCUUUUGAUUGGGUUUUUAUUUAUAGGAUCCUCUCAACCAUAUUCUUAUCUGUAAUCUCAUUCCAUGAUUCGUUUGUAUUCAAUUAUUCAUCCAUCA